AUGUCCGCACUAGCUCGAAACCGCGGACCGCAAAUCGCGGCCAAGAUCACGCGGCCUGCAUUCCAAUACUCUGUCCGUGGCCUAGCAACGGUAGCACCAGUGCAAACUGCAACACGCAAUCACAAAGUUGUAGUUAUUGGUGGCGGUUCAGCAGGCAUAUCUCUUUCACACCAACUCCUCCGCAAAGGAAACUUCGCACAAGACGAUAUUGCUAUUGUCGACCCUGCGCAAUGGCACCAUUAUCAGCCUGGAUGGACGCUCGUCGGAGGUGGUCUGAAAAAGAAGGAGGAACUACGUCGUCCGAUGAAGGAUCUCAUGAACCCUAAAUUCAAAUUCUACAACACCUCCGUGGGAAGCUUCGCGCCGGAGGAAAAUUACAUCAUCACUGGCACUGGUGAGAAGAUUGCAUAUGAGCAGUUGGUUGUUGUACCUGGUAUCACGCUUGACUAUGGUAGUGUGAAGGGCUUGAAAGAGGCGUUGAACGAAAAGGAUGCCAUGGUGAGCAGUAUCUACGACUACAAGUAUUGCGACAAGGCGUAUGAGAAUGUGAAGAAGUUCAAGAAGGGUGAUGCAGUAUUCACGCAGCCAGCUGGCGUGGUAAAGUGUGCCGGAGCGCCACAGAAGAUCAUGUGGCUUGCGUUGGACCACUGGAAGAAUGCUGGAUUGUACCCGUCGGGUAUCAACAUCAGCUUUGCUACGGGUCUACCUUCCAUGUUCGGUGUGCCGAAAUACGCUGCAGCCCUAGAAAAACUCCGCGUAGAACGCGGCGUAGAAGGCUUGUUCCAACACGACCUAACCUCCAUCUCCGGCAACACAGCCACCUUCAGCAGCCCCAGCUCUUCGGAACCCAUCAAAAAGCACUUUGACUUCCUGCACGUCGCUCCCAAAAACGUGCCCUGGUCUUUCGUCAAAUCCAGUCCCUUGGCCAACGAAGCAGGUUACGUCUCCGUCUCCGAUUCCACAACCCAACACACCAAAUACGCCAAUGUGUGGUCCAUAGGCGACGCAUCCUCGUUACCCACGUCCAAAACUGUCGCUGCUAUCACUGCUGAAGCACCUGUUUUGGUUUCUAACUUGCUUUCGGCGAUGGCGGAUAAGCCACUGGAAGCUAGCUACGAUGGGUAUACAUCUUGCCCGUUGCUUACCGGAAACAAAGAAGUUCUGCUCGCCGAGUUCAAGUAUGGAGGUGUGCCGAAGGAGACAUUUAAUGGGUUGCUGGGUAUUGACCAGGGUGUUCCGAGAAAGGCUUUCUAUUGGUUGAAGAAGGAAUUCUUCCCUUGGGUGUACGGAAAGUACCAUGUCAAGGGAGAGUGGGCGGGACCGAAGGGUUUGGCUAGGUGA